UCGAUGGAACAAACCGCAAUGCUUAUUGUGGUGGGCUGUGGCUGGCGUCGCUGUGUGUGAUGUGUAAGAUGGCCAUCCUGUUGGACAAUAAGGAGAUGUACCAGCUCUACAGAAGCACACUGGACAAAGGCAGCACUGCAUUCGACAAACUGUUGUGGAACGAUGAUGAGCCGUGGCAGAGGGUCAAUGCCUACCUCAUCCAUGACACUGCAGACUGGAAGGACCUGAACCUCAAGUUUGUCCUGCAGGUUUACAGAGACUUCCAUCUCACACAGGACAGGCAGUAUUUACAGGACAUGUGGCCAAUCUGCCAGGCGGUGAUGGAGUCGGAGAUGAAGUUCGACCUGGAUGGAGACGGACUCAUUGAGAACUCUGGAUAUGCAGACCAGACUUAUGAUGGAUGGACAGUGACUGGACCAAGUGCUUAUUGUGGUGGGCUGUGGCUGGCGUCGCUGUGUGUGAUGUGUAAGAUGGCCAUCCUGUUGGACAAUAAGGAGAUGUACCAGCUCUACAGAAGCACACUGGACAAAGGCAGCACUGCAUUCGACAAACUGUUGUGGAACGAUGAUGAGCCGUGGCAGAGGGUCAAUGCCUACCUCAUCCAUGACACUGCAGACUGGAAGGACCUGAACCUCAAGUUUGUCCUGCAGGUUUACAGAGACUUCCAUCUCACACAGGACAGGCAGUAUUUACAGGACAUGUGGCCAAUCUGCCAGGCGGUGAUGGAGUCGGAGAUGAAGUUCGACCUGGAUGGAGACGGACUCAUUGAGAACUCUGGAUAUGCAGACCAGACUUAUGAUGGAUGGACAGUGACUGGACCAAGUGCUUAUUGUGGUGGGCUGUGGCUGGCGUCGCUGUGUGUGAUGUGUAAGAUGGCCAUCCUGUUGGACAAUAAGGAGAUGUACCAGCUCUACAGAAGCACACUGGACAAAGGCAGCACUGCAUUCGACAAACUGUUGUGGAACGGCAAGUAUUACAACUAUGACAGCAGUGGGAGGGACCUGUCGAACAGCGUUAUGUCUGACCAGUGUGCUGGACAUUGGUUCCUGAGGGCCUCCGGCUUAGGAGACGGAGAAUUCAAGGCUUUUCCACAGGAGAAGAUCCGCAGUGCGCUGAAGUCCGUGUAUGAACUGAAUGUGAUGAGUUUUGCCGGAGGUCACAUGGGAGCGGUCAAUGGGAUGCGUCCUGAAGGAGUACCGGACCGCUCCAGUGUCCAGUCUGAUGAGGUCUGGAUCGGAGUCGUGUAUGGGCUGGCAGCGACUAUGAUCCAUGAGGGUAUGUUGACCGAAGGCCUGCGUACGGCUGAAGGCUGUUACCGGACUGUGUGGGAACAGCUGGGCAUGGCCUUCCAGACUCCUGAGGCCUACUGUGAGAAGAGCAUCUACCGCUCUCUGGCCUACAUGAGGCCGCUGAGCAUCUGGGCCAUGCAGCUGGCCCUGAACGCCUCACAGAGGGACCAGACCACUUUGGCUUCAACUGGAACCACAGACCAGGACCAGGCAGUACAAGCUCAGAAAGAAGACCAGAGCUAGGACCGGAGCCACCUGACAGACUGUCUAUCCUGUGCUGCUUUAUCUGAUCGACUGAAGACUUUUCCACAUUUUCUGUUGUUUGACAGAGUUGUGGUGGUUGGAGAAGAACUCCUGUAGAUCAUAAUGUUGUCAGAUGAUGGGUCUGAAGAGCAAACGCUCCUGAUUUACAACAUUAGUCGCUUUUCCAUUGGACGUCUGCACGAAACUUUACCGAUAUUUAUUAAGU